UCGUUUUAUACGCAUCCACUUCUUCAGGGUCUUGAACAAAGCAGUUUGAAAACUUCAAGGAUGAAGGCGUUUCUGUUGUUUCUGACGGCCACGGUAGCGACCUGCGCUCCGAGUACUGACAGCGACGAUGCUCCUAAGCUCUUAAACUUCGGGCCGGAGCCUCAAGAAUGCGACCUCAACGAGGUGUGGAAGGAGUGCGUAAGCAGCAGCUGCGCCGAGGCCAGCUGCAGCCGGCCCAUCAUCGGCCCCGCAUGCACAGCUGACUGUCGCUACGGAUGCUACUGCGCGGACGGAUUCUACCGGAACGUCGAACUCAAGUGCGUCGCGCUGGACCAGUGCCCGCAGCAAAGAAAGACAGCGUCGUUUCCUGUACCGCAAUGUCGCGAAAACGAGGAGUGGAAGUCGUGCGUGAGCAGUUCUUGCGCCGAGGCCACGUGUGAGUCGAAGACCAUUGGUCCCGGAUGCACGCCGGACUGCCAGCAAGGCUGCUUCUGCUCCCAGGGAUUCUACCGCGACUCCCAACGCAACUGCAUCCGCGAGGACCAGUGCCAAACUCCUUGAGGAGACGUGUCGUCAAUCAAUAAA